AUGAUUCCUCCAAGAAUCUCGUUCGAUGCUGAAAAGCUCCUAUUUUUGGUUCUCUCCCUUUUCCCGAUUGUCAUCACCUUGAGCGAUGGCACUCACCCAGCAGUGGCGCAGGGCAGCAACAACAGCAAUCCAACAACGAUCGCGGUGAACGUUGGGGUGAUCCUUGAUCUGGAGACGCAGGUGGGCCAGAUGGGAUUGACCUGCAUUAACUUGUCUCUGUCUGAUUUUUAUAGUUCGAACCCUUCCUUCAAGACUAGGCUCGUCCUCAACGUUAGAGACUCCAAGCGAGAUGAGCUUGCCGCCGCCACUGCAGCACUUGAUCUGAUAAAGAAUAAGCAAGUCCAAGCCAUAAUAGGCCCUCAACGUUCAGCGCAAGCAGACUUCCUCAUUCACCUCGGAGACAAAUCUCAUGUGCCCAUCGUCUCUUUUUCUGCCACUAGUCCUCCCCUUAGUUCUCUUCGGAGUCCAUACUUCCUUCGAGCCGCGCAAAUUGACUCGUCCCAAGUGAAUGCCAUAAGCGCAGUCAUUCAAGCUUUUGGCUGGAAAGAAGUGGUCCUCAUAUAUGUGGACAACGAGUUCGGAGCAGGCAUUAUACCUUCUCUUGCCAUAGCUUUGGAAGAAGUCAACACGCGAGUGCCCUAUAGGAGCCCCAUUUCUCCUUCAGCCACGGACGAUCAAAUCCUGCAGGAACUCUACAAGUUAAUGACGAUGCAAACGAGGGUGUUCAUCGUGCACAUGUUACCUACUCUCGGUUCACGGCUAUUUGCCAAAGCAAAAGAGGUGGGGAUGAUGAGAGAAGGUUAUGUGUGGAUCUUGACUAAUGGAAUCACCGACCUACUGAGUUCUGUGGAUUCAUCUGUUGUCGCUAGUUCGAUGCAAGGAGUACUGGGCAUCAAGACUUAUAUCCCGGACACACCAAACCUAGACAACUUCAUGGUCCGAUGGAGGAUGAAAUUCCAACAAGAGAAUCCUUCCGUCCAUAAUCCUACAUUGAACAUUUUCGGAUACCGGGCUUAUGACGCUGCUUGGGCUUUGGCAAUGGCCGUUGAGGAAAUGGGUGCGACGAAUUUUACCUACCAGAUGUUGAAUGCUUCGACAGAUACAACAGAUCUCGACAAGUUUGGGGUCUCUCAAAAUGGUCAGAAACUUCUCCAAGAACUAACCAAUAUGACAUUCGCAGGCCUCACUGGAAAUUUUAGACUCGUCGAUGGGCAGCUAGAGUCGGCGGUGUUCCAAAUCGUUAAUAUCAAUGGAAAUGCAGCAAGAGGGAUUGGAUUUUGGACGCUAGAAAAGGGGCUGGUAAGAGAUUUGUAUUCAUUCAGCACAAGCAAAUAUUCCACUAAUAUCGGAUCAAUAAUAUGGCCAGGAGAUUCAACCUCUGUUCCUAAGGGAUGGGAGAUUCCCACAAAUGGGAAGAGGUUGAAGAUUUUAGUCCCCAUGAAGGACAGUUUCUUUCAAUUUUUGACUGUGACUCAAGAUCCUAACACAAAUACAUUCCAAGUCACCGGAUACUGUAUCGACAUCUUUCAAGUUGUCGUUAAAAAAUUGCCUUAUGCCGUGGCUUAUGACUUUAUUCCGUUUGCGUUCACUGAUGGAAGGAUUGCGGGAAGUACUUACAAUGACAUGAUCGAUCAAGUAUUUUAUAAGAAUUAUGAUGCAGUUGUGGGUGAUACAACAAUCAUUGCGAAUAGAUCAUUAUACGUAGACUUCACCUUACCAUACAGCGAAUCGGGGGUUGCAAUGCUUGUGCCAUACAAGGACAACAAGAACAAGAAUGCUUGGGUUUUCUUGAAGCCACUCACUUGGGACCUUUGGUUAACGAUCGGAUGCUUCUUUGUGUUUAUAGCACUGGUCGUGUGGAUUCUCGAACACCAGAUCAAUGAAGACUUUGGGGGUCCAGUUGCGCAUCAAGUUGGCACGAGUUUCUGGUUUUCGUUUUCAAUCAUGGUCUUUGCACAAAGGGAGAGAGUAUUUAGCAACCUAACCAGAUUUGUUGUGAUCGUGUGGUUUUUUGUGGUACUUAUACUAACGCAAAGUUAUACGGCAAGUUUGAGCUCUCUUUUGGUGGUGCAAAAUCUUCAACCAACUGUGGCUGAUAUUGAUCAGCUUCUAAAGAGUGGAGAAAAAGUGGGUUACCACCACGGCUCUUUCAUUUAUGGAAUGCUAAAGCAAAUGAAGUUCGAUGAUUCGAGACUUAUAUAUUAUCAUUCUCCUGAAGAAUGUGAUGCGCUUCUUUCCAAGGGAAGUGCAAAGGGUGGGAUUGCGGCAGCACUUGAUGAAAUCCCCUACAUUAAACUUAUUUUUUCUCAAUAUUGCAAUAAAUAUACCAUGAUCCCGACAUUAAAAACUGCUGGAUUUGGCUUCAUUUUCCCCAAAGGGUCUCCGCUAGUACCAGAUAUUUCGCUAGCAAUCCUUAACGUAACUGAAGGGCCUGAAAUGACUGAAAUUGAAAACGCAUGGUUCCCAUCGAAAUCCAAUUGCCUGGAUUCGACUAACUCGAUUUCUUCCAACAACUUGGAUCUCGACAGUUUCUGGGGCCUAUUCGUGAUUGCUGGAGCUGCUGCAGUUCUAGCUCUCUUCAUUUUCAUGGUCAUGUUCAUUAAAAAAAGUUGGCAUGAAGUAACAAGUUCUUCAGGUUCAUUGCCGGAGAAAAUUGUUGCAUUGGGAAGAAGAGUUUACCAAAGGGACCUCCAUCCGUAUACUUCUAAGGAAGCCAGAGAUAGAAAUACGAAUGAUGUUGGCAAUAAGAUUGCAGCUAUUGAAACUUCAGAAAACACUAACUUCCCUUUGAGUCCGUCAAGAGACUUUGGCAAAGACAAUUACGAUAUAAACAAUGAGCAAGGCACACAAUCUGCAGAACAAGGACUUUCUAAUCAUGUAGAUGAAGGGUGUCCAACGUAG